AGGGGACUAUGGAGAUAUUAUCGCGUCAACCCCUAGGUCUAUCCCAACAUCUCCUCAGCUUUCCUCAAUCACCUACAUAUCUCAUCUGAAUCGAUCGCCAUGGCUUCCAUUCUUACAAAUGUCGCACAAGCUGCGCACUCUGCCGCUGCCGCGAUGCUCAGCGCUGCGCAGAUCGAAGCAGGCGAGCCAAUCCCCCAGAAGCCCGUAAAAGAAGAAGAUCCUGAGCGCUCUAUUACGCUUGAUCUCUCUGGAAAGAAUAUCAUUCUUGGCGUUCCCGGGGCGUUCACACCGCCGUGUAGCUCCCAGGUCCCGCAGUACAUUGCAGACUACGACAAGUUCAAAGCUAAGGGACGUGAAAAACAUCUACUGGCUUGGAAAGAAAAACUUGCUCCACAGGGCACAGGCGUCCGUUUCAUUGCGGAUGAUAAAGGGGAGUUUACCUCUAGCGUGGGACUCCUCUUCGAUGCUUCUGGCCUUUUAGGUUCACCUAGAUCCAAGCGCUACGUCAUUGUAACUCAAGACGGGAAGGUCGACUUCAUCGCAGUGGAAGAGCAGCCUGCGAAUAUCACUUCCACCGCUGCGAACGUUGUGAUCGCUCAGCUCUAAACUGUACCAUGGAGAUGCAGAGAAGUAUACUACUACAUGUAUGAUAUCUUGCAAUUUCGGAGUGGGAUACAUUCACCACUUAAAAGCUUGAUAUGUUGAAGACAAGCAAACCCGCUCAUACCGUACCUCA